CGUCACCCCUCCCACGCGUACGGGGCGUGCUGGCGUCGUCGUCCCUCCGUGCGCUGCGCGUCACCGCUCCUGGCCUGGCGCGCGGCGGCGGCCGGACGGUUCCGCUCCCAGCGCCUCGGGGCUCGGUUCCGUGGCGGGUCCGCCCGCCCCCUCGGCCGCGUCCCUCCCGCCCGCCCCCCCUCCGCCGUUGGCUCGGCCGCCCGAGCGGGGCGGCGGCGGGUUCGUUGGUGGCCGGCUCGCGGCCUGGUGCGCGCGGCGGAUCCUGCCGCUCGCGUAGCGCGGCGCCCGGGCUCCCUGAGGUGAGGCCCGGCCGGCUCGGGCUCGGGUGGGGGCGGGGAAGCGCCGCUGCUCGACGCCGCCGCCGCCAUGAGCGUGGAGGCGUACGGCCCCAGCUCGCAGACCCUCACCUUCCUGGACACCGAGGAGGCCGAGCUGCUCGGCGCCGACACACAGGGCUCCGAGUUCGAGUUCACCGACUUCACCCUCCCCAGCCAGACCCAAACCCCGCCCGGGCCCGGGCAGGCGGGGCCGGGGCAGGGCCAAGGGCCCCCCGGAGCGGGGCAGGGGCCGCCGGGACCCAUCGAAGCACAGGUUAAUGGACCUGAUGGCAUUCUACAGAAUGGAGCUGUGGAUGAUAAUGUAGCUAAAACCAGUCAGCUUCUGGCAGAGCUGAAUUUUGAAGAAGAUGAGGAAGAUACCUAUUAUACAAAGGACCUUCCUGUGCAUGCUUGCAGCUACUGUGGUAUCCAUGACCCAGCUUGUGUGGUUUACUGCAACACCAGCAAAAAAUGGUUCUGUAAUGGGCGUGGAAAUACAUCUGGCAGCCACAUUGUUAAUCAUCUGGUGAGAGCAAAGUGCAAAGAGGUUACUCUCCACAAAGAUGGGCCUCUGGGAGAGACUGUCUUGGAAUGUUAUAACUGUGGAUGUCGUAAUGUGUUUCUCCUGGGCUUUAUUCCAGCGAAGGCAGACUCUGUGGUUGUUUUGCUGUGCAGGCAACCAUGUGCCAGUCAGAGCAGUUUAAAGGAUAUUAACUGGGACAGUUCACAGUGGCAGCCUCUUAUCCAAGACCGCUGUUUCCUUUCAUGGCUGGUAAAGAUUCCAUCUGAACAGGAACAGCUGAGAGCACGUCAGAUUACAGCUCAACAGAUUAACAAACUGGAAGAACUUUGGAAGGAAAAUCCAUCUGCAACCCUUGAGGAUUUAGAAAAGCCUGGUGUUGAUGAAGAACCGCAGCAUGUCCUACUUAGAUAUGAAGAUGCCUAUCAGUACCAAAAUAUAUUUGGUCCUCUAGUCAAGCUUGAGGCAGACUAUGACAAGAAACUCAAGGAGUCUCAGACCCAAGAUAACAUCACAGUCAGAUGGGACUUGGGCUUGAACAAGAAAAGAAUUGCUUAUUUCACUUUGCCGAAGACUGAUUCAGAUAUGCGUCUUAUGCAAGGAGAUGAGAUCUGCUUGAGAUAUAAGGGAGACCUGGCCCCUUUAUGGAAGGGAAUCGGUCACGUUAUCAAAGUUCCUGAUAGUUCUACAGAUUAUGGUGAUGAGAUAGCCAUCGAGCUAAGAAGCAGCGUUGGAGCACCUGUGGAAGUUACUCAUAACUUCCAAGUGGAUUUUGUAUGGAAGUCUACUUCAUUUGACAGAAUGCAGAGUGCUUUAAAAACGUUUGCUGUGGAUGAGACUUCAGUGUCUGGGUACAUCUAUCACAAGCUGUUAGGCCAUGAGGUAGAAGAUGUAAUUAUUAAAUGCCAGUUGCCAAAGCGCUUUACAGCACAAGGACUUCCCGAUCUCAACCAUUCUCAGGUUUAUGCUGUGAAGACUGUCUUGCAGCGUCCUCUGAGUCUUAUUCAGGGUCCCCCUGGUACAGGAAAAACAGUGACGUCGGCCACAAUUGUCUAUCAUCUGGCUAGACAGGGCAAUGGGCCUGUGUUAGUCUGUGCUCCAAGUAACAUAGCUGUAGAUCAGUUGACUGAGAAGAUUCAUCAAACUGGACUGAAAGUGGUUCGUCUGUGUGCUAAAAGUCGUGAGGCAAUUGACUCUCCUGUAUCCUUCCUGGCAUUGCACAACCAGAUCAGAAACAUGGAUAGCAUGCCAGAGCUUCAGAAACUGCAGCAGCUUAAAGAUGAAACUGGAGAACUGUCAUCUGCUGAUGAGAAACGUUACCGUGCACUGAAACGAACAGCUGAGCGUGAAUUACUUAUGAAUGCAGAUGUGAUCUGUUGUACAUGUGUGGGAGCUGGUGAUCCAAGACUUGCAAAAAUGCAGUUCCGCUCCAUUCUGAUUGAUGAAAGCACACAGGCUACUGAGCCGGAGUGUAUGGUGCCAGUUGUCCUGGGAGCAAAACAGCUCAUUCUUGUAGGUGACCACUGUCAGCUUGGUCCUGUUGUGAUGUGUAAAAAAGCUGCAAAGGCUGGCCUGUCUCAGUCCCUCUUUGAGAGGCUUGUGGUGCUGGGGAUCCGUCCGAUUCGCCUUCAAGUGCAGUAUCGCAUGCAUCCUGCACUGAGUGCUUUUCCAUCCAAUAUCUUCUAUGAGGGUUCACUCCAGAACGGUGUUACUGCAGCGGACCGUGUGAAAAAAGGAUUUGAUUUCCAAUGGCCACAGCCAGAUAAGCCAAUGUUUUUCUACGUUACGCAAGGACAGGAAGAAAUUGCCAGUUCAGGCACCUCUUACUUGAACAGGACGGAAGCAGCCAACGUGGAGAAGAUAACUACAAAGUUAUUGAAAGCUGGUGCCAAACCAGAUCAGAUUGGCAUUAUCACUCCUUAUGAGGGUCAACGAUCCUAUCUGGUGCAGUACAUGCAAUUCAGUGGUUCCUUGCAUACGAAACUCUACCAGGAAGUGGAAAUUGCGAGUGUGGAUGCCUUCCAGGGACGAGAGAAGGACUUUAUUAUCCUUUCUUGUGUAAGGGCCAACGAACACCAAGGAAUAGGAUUUCUGAAUGACCCCAGGCGUCUUAAUGUGGCUCUUACAAGAGCAAGGUAUGGAGUAAUUAUUGUUGGGAACCCAAAAGCACUGUCUAAGCAGCCACUUUGGAAUCACCUGCUGAACUAUUACAAGGAGCAGAAGGUUCUAGUGGAGGGACCACUGAAUAACCUCCGGGAAAGCCUUAUGCAAUUCAGCAAGCCCCGGAAACUUGUCAAUACCAUCAAUCCAGGUGCCCGUUUUAUGACAACCGCCAUGUAUGAUGCACGUGAGGCUAUUAUUCCAGGAUCUGUCUAUGACCGGAGCAGUCAAGGGCGCCCGUCCAACAUGUACUUCCAAACCCAUGACCAGAUCGGGAUGAUUAGCGCUGGCCCCAGCCACGUCACUGCUAUGAACAUUCCUAUCCCUUUCAACCUUGUGAUGCCACCGAUGCCCCCGCCGGGAUACUUUGGCCAGGCUAACGGACCGGCUGCAGGACGUGGGGCACCAAAAGGAAAGACUGGUCGUGGUGGGCGUCAGAAAAAUCGUUUUGCGAUUCCUGGAACUAGUCAGUCAAACCUUCCAAAUAGUCAAGCAAGCCAAGAUGUGGUGUCCCAGCCUUUCUCCCAGGGUCCACUGACUCAAGGGUAUAUCUCCAUGAGUCAGCCAUCACAGAUGAGUCAGCCUGGGCUCUCCCAACCAGAAUUAUCACAGGACAGUUACCUUGGUGAUGAGUUUAAAUCUCAGAUCGAUGUGGCGCUGUCACAGGACUCUACUUACCAGGGUGAACGUGCAUAUCAACAUGGCGGAGUGACGGGACUGUCACAGUAUUAGAGUGUUGAGGAAGAAGAGCUAAGCUUGUGUGGAGCUUAGUUCAUCAGCAUUUUAUUCUGGGUAAUAAAAAAAAUAAAAUAAAAUGGAUACCUGUUUUCCACUGCUAAAACUGAAGCACCACUGUGUGAGAGCAACAGGAGAAAGAAACCAACCAACGGAGAGGAGAGAGAGAAAGGAGCGCGCGCGAGAGAGCCCACUGCUAGCUCACUGAGACAAGGAGACUGACCGGAGAGGAGAGAGAGCACCGAAGGACUGGCUGGCGCCUCACUGGGCAGGCAACUCACCCUGAAAUGAGUGGUCAGCUGAGUCCCUGCUCCCCCAGUCAAACAAGCUCGAGAGAAGGGCCUUAAGCAGGUUUCACUUCAUUCCAUACUUCUCUUUGCGAGCAGGGCAUUACUUUUCAGAGCAGACGGGGAGAGGAAAACCCUCAUCUCAGAGUUGUUCUCGUUUUAAAGGGGUACUAUAUUUUAGCAGUAACUGUUUACAUUUUAGAAACAGAGUAUCUGAGAGAGAGUUCCUGACUAAGUGACAGCAAGCCAAGCAGAAAUCCAGCAGGUCAUAGCUGAUGCUCAACUCUGAGAUGCAGGUUUUGUUGUCCAGCACUGGCUCUGAAAUCCUAGUGUCAUCGUGUCGCCCACAUUCUGAAUGGGUCUUUGUGACAAGGUGGUUUUAAAGAGAUUCUUUCAAAGGAGCACUGAAUUUUUAGAAGUUUGUCUCUGAAUUCUUAGUGGUGGACCUGGGAGAUCCUUGUUCUGAGAAGCUUAAAAAAAGUUUAAAACAAAACUAAAUUAGAGCACCAACCUUGAGAACUUUCAGUGUGAUUUAAAGUUGCAGCAAUCAGCCUCUUCUUCCUACAUUGGAUAGCAGUUAGAGUGAAAGGAGCCUGCGCGCUCGAGCAGGAGGAGGGUUUCAAAGUGUUUUCUGUAUGCUUUAAUUGGCUACUGUCUGGACUCUACUCUGUGAAAAACAAGCCUUUCUGUAAGAUGAACUGUGCGCUUAAAAGGGGAUGGGUUCCUGUGCCCUUCGGCCCUGGAGGAAAAGAUGCUAAUAGGCCUGCUUUAUUCACUCCCACAGAUCUGGGGAAGAAGUAGUGGAAACUGGGGAUUAUAUUGGUUUUGAAGUAAAGACUCUACAAUGUUAUUGAAGCAGGUUGGAAAAAUGGAAAAAGCAGGCAGUUGUUGGAAGGUGGCCUCUGAUAGAUGGGUAUAAUUAGAGAUAAUGGGUUAGGCUUUUGUGUGGCUUCUUCAGUGAUUAAUGCAGAUAGCUGAAAGAUUCAGGUGUUUAAAAACGAACCCGGAGCCUAUUUUUCAGGUAGUGGACACGGCUGUGCCAUCAAUGCUGGCUUGAGAAAUAGCUGGAAGUCAAAACUGAAAACAGCACAUAAAAGAAGCCAUCCAAUUUCUAAGUUGUACCCAUGUCUUAAAUAAGUCAUAUGGGAACACUGGGAGCAUUUUAUUUGUGUCUAAACCUUUUUAGAAACAGCGCAGAGAAUUUAAAUUCCUACAGACCCAUUUUUAUCAGACCCCUAAAUUAGACUAACCUCUACCUCCUAAUUGGCUAAGAUCAGUAGAGUGUGAAUUACUAACCUAGGUGUUUUUAAAGUUUGAAUUAAGUUAGCUUUAUACUCAAAGGGCUCCAAGUGUUUCUAGUCUUUUUUUGGGGGGAACUCAAAAUACCUCUCAUAUGAAUGUACUUAAAAUGAUGUAAACCCCACUUUUUGUAACUGGGGGGGAAAACCCUUUCAUUACUGUCCUUUCUGUGGAUUGUUGACCCGCUUUCAUAACCUGUAUUUGCUGUAGUUUUUCAAGAGUGUCUCUCCCCCAGUACAGAUCCGGUGUAGCAUACCCACGAACCGUGAGUAGUGUGCACAUAAAAUGGAACAGGUGUUCAAAUUUUUUUCAGUCCUGCAGUGAACAUAGUUCAAGAACUGCAAAAUAAACUAAACUUUCCAGAAAUGAAAACCAUUCUUGUUUCAUAAAAAGCCUCCAGAGUUUAGACUUCUAAAAUGUGAAAGAAUGGAGACACAGGCCACCUUCCUUCCUUGUAAGAUGGACUGUUUUAUUUAUUAACAUUGCCGAAGGGCUUUUUAAUUUUUUUUUUUCCUUCUGGUUAGGCUGCGUAGUUGCAUAGUUUUGAGAUAGGUUUAAGCUGUAACCCCUUGUGCAAUGCAAUCCAUUGAGUAAUGUAACCCCCUCCUCUCCCCCCACCCCCUUUAUUUCACUGAUUGGAAUGCUUGCCUCUGCUUUGUGCUGUUUUUUUUCCUUUGUAGCAGUUACUCUGAGUUUUAUAAAUCCAGACAUCAGUGCUAGCACGCUUUUUUGAUUUUGUCUCAGUUUGUUUUAAACCUGUUUGUCAUCAAUAAAAUAUUAAUAAACAGCUCUUGCAUUCAA